UGACUGGAAAACAAAGGGUAUGUUGGAUAGUCAAACUGCAUUAGUUGAACCAAUUGCAUCUAACGGUAUUCAACUGCAAGCAGUAGAGAUUUAUUGCGAUAUGGAAAUGGAAAAUGGAGUAGGAGUAACAGUAAUAGAUCAUGAUGGAGAGCGAGAUGUAACAGUACAUGGCUUUGAGGGAUAUGGAUCCUACAGUUUUAUCAUUUCAUAUGAUAUUCCUUUCGAGCACAUUGUUGCAAUAAUAGAUUCAUCUCAGUUUUGUCGACAAUUUGUACGCUGGAAAUGUAAAGGUGCUCUAAUGUACGAUAAUAUUACUCAAGAGUGGAGUACGUACUGGACAAAUCGAAGCACAGCUUACUUAGCAACAAAUGAAUACAAACCACCUUCUGGAUUUUUUCACGGACCUGAAGAAAGAAUAAUUUGUGACUGUGGAAUUAAUGACACCUGUCAGCGAAGCGACGUGAUCUGCAAUUGCGAUAUCAAUGAUUACAUUUGGCGAUCUGAUGAAGGAUACGUUACAAAUAAGGAUGCUUUGCCAAUAGUCGCUUUCUUUGCAGGGGACACAGGAGAUAUCUAUGAAGAAGGAAAACAUUUCAUAGGCCCAAUUGAGUGUUAUGGGAUUGCCUAGUCUUUUAUUUUGAGCAGUCCGGAGCUGUUAUACAAUCCUCGGCAACUUUUCAACAAUUGUUCAUGUUCCAUUUCAGAAAGACAAUGAUAAAUCUUUAUUAUAAUAUAUUUGAUGACACUGUCGCCUUUUUAUAUAUAUGUUUAUUUUAAAUGUAUAUGCUAACACGAUCGUUUUAUACUAGAUAGAGAUGCAACUGAAUCAGUUCUGAAAAGACAAAGGAAAUAUAAUUGUCCAACAUUUAAAAUCGCUGCACCUCUU